AACAUUCGACGAUGGCUUCCUCCAAUGACUCCACAGCGUCGUCCAAUUACACCACUUACAGCCUGUUCAACAAAUUUGUCCACCUCGAUGGAGAACUGUCGGACACGUUUUAUACCCUGUGGAUAGUGCUGGUGGUGAUCAACGCCAUCAUUUUCCUGGUGGGCGUGGUGUUGAACUCUCUGGCUCUCUACGUCUUUUGCUUCCGCACCAAGACGAAAACCACCUCGGUGAUCUACACCAUCAACCUGAUCAUCACCGACUUGCUGGUGGGCUUCUCCUUGCCCAUCCGGAUCAUUAUGCACUAUAGCGCCAGGAACUGCCAGAGGUGUGCCCUCGUCCACAUCUUCACCUACUUCGUCAACAUGUAUUGCAGCAUCCUCUUCCUCACCUGCAUCUGCAUCGACCGGUACCUGGCCAUUGUCCAGGUGGAAGCCUCCCGCCGGUGGAGGAACCCCAACUACGCCAAAGGCAUCUGCAUUUUCAUCUGGGUCUUUGCCACGGUGGUCACCUUCUCCAUCCUCACCAUGGCCAUGCAGUUCUCGGAGUGCUGCAUCGCCCAGAUCUUGCCCCUGAUGGUCUGCGAGUACUUCUUCCCCCUUGUCAUCAUCACCUUCUUCACCACCAGGAUCAUGUGCGCCCUUUCCAAGCCGACGCUCAUGCACCAGAGCCGCGAGAGGCGGAUGAGGGCAGUGCAGCUCCUCAUCACGGUCCUCAUCAUCUUCAUGAUCUGCUUCACUCCCUUCCACGUGCGCCAGCUGGCCAUCUCCAUCAACCCGGCCAUGCCCAAUGACAUCAGCUUGAUCGUUUACCACGUGACCGUCACCUUGAGCAGCCUCAACAGCUGCAUGGACCCCAUCGUCUACUGCUUUGUCACCAACAACUUCCAGUCAACCAUGAAGAACAUCUUCAGGAAGUCUGAGCCUGAGCAGACCAGUGGAGACAUCAUCAGCGUCAACAAGUGCUCGGGCUCAAAUGCCAUUAUGGCCUUCUCAAAUGCUGUAGGGACCCCUUUGGCCCUGCCCUCACCAAACAGUACAGCAAGCUCCUAAAGGCUGGUGCGUCCCCAUGUACAUUGUUGUAAAUGUCAGAAUAUGCGACACCAUUCUCUUUCCUAAGAGCAAUUUAGAACAUCACGUUGACCUUCAUCAAAUAUGAAGCAACACUCCUUGGGUUCUCCAGUGGCACCAUCCGUUCAAGAAUGGCAGGCUGGCUUUCUCUUGUGGGAAUGAUAUGGCGAGGUCUCCACUUCAUUGCCAGAUCCUGGGUUUGCACCCCAGGAUGGAGUCUGCACCCCGACUUUGCAG